GGGUGUGGUCUCAGCGUAACAUGUGACUAACUACGUUUAUACAGUACAGCUAGCUAGCUCUGCAAAAGGUAGGAAUCAACUUGGCAGCUAUAGUGUACAUCAUGAGUAGACAGGAAUUGCCCAAGAUAGCUGAUGCUGAGAAGGAGAGCCUGUAUGGCUACGUGUUUGGUGUGUCUGGCCCUGUGGUGAUAGCACAGCAGAUGAGUGGUGCUGCUAUGUACGAACUGGUGCGUGUGGGGCACAGUGAGCUGGUCGGGGAGAUCAUUAGGCUGGAGGGAGAUCUCGCCACUAUUCAAGUCUACGAAGAGACGUCUGGAGUGACCAUUGGAGACCCUGUGUUGAGGACGGGGAAGCCACUGUCUGUGGAGCUGGGUCCAGGUAUCCUUGGCAACAUUUUCGACGGAAUUCAACGUCCUCUAAAGGACAUUUGUGAUCUGACUCAAAGUAUUUACAUUCCCAGAGGAGUCAACGUCUCCAGCUUGAGCAUUGAUGCCAAAUGGCCUUUCCGGCCAACCAAAGAUUUCAGGGUUGGCAGUCACAUAUCCGGUGGUGACAUAUAUGCCACUGUCAAGGAGAAUUCUCUGAUAGAGCAUCGCCUCAUGCUACCCCCCAGGGCAGCAGGGACCAUCACCUUCAUAGAGGAAGCAGGAGAUUACACUAUUAAUCAUGUUGUUCUUGAGACUGAGUUUAACGGAGAGAAGUUCAAGUACACAAUGAAGCAGGUGUGGCCCGUGAGACAGUUGAGGCCAGUCACGGACAAACUAUCAGCCAACUAUCCACUACUCACUGGACAGAGGGUCCUCGACUCGUUGUUCCCUUGUGUACUGGGAGGGACGACUGCCAUUCCCGGUGCAUUUGGCUGUGGCAAGACUGUCAUCUCCCAAUCACUCUCCAAGUUCUCCAACUCUGACGUCAUUAUUUACGUAGGCUGUGGAGAGAGGGGAAACGAAAUGUCUGAAGUGUUGCGAGACUUCCCUGAACUGAAAGUCGAGAUUGGUGGAGUUGAAGAGUCUAUCAUGAAGCGAACAGCCCUAGUGGCUAAUACCUCCAACAUGCCAGUAGCUGCCAGAGAAGCUUCAAUCUAUACAGGUAUCACUUUGUCCGAGUACUUCCGAGACAUGGGUUACAAUGUCAGUAUGAUGGCUGACUCCACCUCUCGUUGGGCUGAAGCUCUUAGAGAAAUCUCUGGCCGAUUGGCUGAAAUGCCUGCAGAGAAUGGUUUCCCUGCCUACCUCGGUGCUCGUCUUGCCUCAUUCUACGAGAGAGCUGGUCGAGUGAUUUGUCAGGGCAACCCGAAUCGUGAGGGCAGUGUGACAAUCGUGGGAGCAGUGAGCCCUCCAGGUGGUGACUUCUCUGAUCCUGUGACUGCUCAAACUCUCAACAUUGUACAGGUGUUCUGGGGACUGGACAAGAAGCUGGCUCAACGAAAGCACUUUCCCUCUGUCAACUGGCUGCUCAGCUACACCAAGUAUAUGAGAAUCCUCGACGAGUUCUAUGAUAAAAAUCAUCCUGAGUUUGUGCCUCUUAGAACGCAGGUCAAAGAAAUUUUACAGGAAGAGGAGGAUCUCUCUGAGAUUGUGCAGCUGGUCGGGAAGGGUUCUCUCGCAGAAGCUGACAAGAUUACUUUGGAAGUGGCAAAACUUAUCAAGGACGACUUCCUGCAGCAGAACUCGUACACAUCGCACGACCGUUACUGCCCGUUCUACAAGACUGUAGGAAUGAUCAGCAACAUUGUGGCCUUCUACAAUAUGGCCCAGCAGGUGGUGGAGCACACCUCUCAGUCCGACAGCAAGAUCACCUGGUCCAUCAUCAAGGACAACCUUGGAGAGCAGAUCACCCAACUCACUCGGAUGAAGUUCAUGCAUCCCAUUAAGGAUGGAGAGACUGCUAUCAAAGCUAAUUUUGCCAAACUUCAUGAUGAUAUGCAAGAGGGAUUCAGAAAAUUAGACGAGUAACACAAUUGACUAUCGAUAGUCUUAUGUGACUUUGAAGUGUAGUGUCUUAUACGUUAUAGUUUUGUGUAUUUUAUAGGUCUAUAUUGUCAUGUUUGCAAAAAAUUAUCACAU